AGUAUAAAGAUGUGUCAAGUAGUAUAAGAACCAGACCUGGUAGACUAGGGAUUAGGUUUAAACUUAGUAGCCUAUAAAAACAAAGUGUUUAGGCCUAUCUAAGUUUAGCUUCUUACAAAUAGUAACAGAAGUAAUUUUUACACAUAACAGACGGAUGAAAAGAUAGAGUGCAUAGCAUAUUAACUUUAACUCAAUUUUUUUUAGCUUAAUAGCUAUAGGCCUAACUUACCCAUUAAAAAAAAAAAAAAAAAUGGAGAGAUUGAGAUAUGAAAAAAUUUCUUUCCUUGGGGAAGGACAGUUUGCUACAGUUUUCAAGGCUCGGGAUGUGAAGACCAAUGAAGUUGUUGCUGUAAAAAAGAUCAAACUAGGUAGCAAAGCAGAAGCCAAGGAUGGGAUAAACCGCACGGCUUUGAGGGAAAUAAAACUUUUACAAGAGUUAAGUCACAAGAACUUAAUAACUCUUCGAGAUGUUUUUGGACACAGAUCCAACAUUUCAUUAGUGUUUGACUUCAUGGAUACAGACCUAGAGGUGAUAGUGAAAGACACCUCCAUUGUGCUAACUCCUGCCAACAUCAAGUCCUACAUGAUUAUGACACUAGAAGGCCUGGAAUACCUUCAUAUGAACUGGAUAUUACAUAGGGAUUUAAAACCCAACAACCUUUUGGUUAACUCAAAAGGUGUCUUGAAAAUUGGUGAUUUCGGCUUGGCAAAGUUCUUUGGAUCUCCAACAAGAAUAUACACACAUCAAGUCGUCACCAGGUGGUACAGAGCCCCCGAGCUGCUGUUUGGUGCGAGAAUGUACGCGGUGGGUGUGGACAUGUGGGCUGUGGGUUGUAUACUGGCCGAGCUGCUACUGAGAGUCCCUUUCCUCCCCGGCGAGUCAGACCUCGACCAGCUCACCAAGAUAUUCCAGGCCCUCGGCACCCCCAGUGAGGAGACCUGGCCGGGAGUGACCAGUCUGACUGAUUACAUCCAGUUUAAAGCGUUCCCUGGAACUCCUCUGAACCACAUAUUCACAGCGGCCGGAGACGAUCUGUUGGACCUCAUCGCAGGUUUGCUCGCACUCAACCCUCUCAACAGACUCUCGUGCUCUGAGGCGCUGCAGAUGCCAUACUUUAGCAACAAGCCCUGUCCAUCUCUAGGCCAACAGUUGCCUCUGCCAUCAAACGUUGUCAGUCAGGACUCUCAACGCCCCAGCCUGAAGCGCAAGUUGGCUGACAAACUAGAGGGCGGUGUGCAACCAAAGAAACUGAUGUUUGAUACGACCUUUUAAAGCUUUGGUCCUCAUCCUUGGAAAAUAAUAAUCUCAGGAUAAAAGUGCUGGCCACUGUUCAUAAGACUGUUAUUUGUGUACAUUUUUUAAGAAUAGACAUUUUUGUUACUUU